GCAGUAAACAAAUUCUCAGUAUUUGGUUUAUUGCAUAUUGCAGCAUCUUACUGCAGAAGUUACAGAAGACUAAUUCUAAAUAUGAUUCUGAAUUCAAAUGCUAUUUGCGUAGGAUUUCUAAAGAUUAAAAACUUGUCUACAACCCUGGAAAAUGUUAAUCUCUCACACUUUAAUCUUUAUUUACUUCAUAUAUGAAAUCUCAUUACUACGUAAAUCUGAGACAGAAUGGAGGGAUGUGAGACGUAGCUUAAUUAGGAAAAUUUCAGGCCCAAAGGAAACUUCCAGUAAAAACUGAAGCUGGUGGAAGGACAGGAAGUCGUAACCAUGCCGAACUGUUACUGCACGUGCGCAAAUUUUGCUUUGCACAAACAUGCUCGCAUUUAUAGGCAACUAUAGUGAAAACAACUGGGUUUCAUUUUCCCUGAUGUAGAUGAAGAAAGAAAAAAGAAAGCUCUUCUUUUGAUUGUUAAAAAGAAGGUAGGUUUCGGCAACAGUCCUUAUACUCUUUAGAGCAAAAACUUUUGUACAGCAUUGUAAAACCACCACUGUACUCUAUUUAGAUGUUCUGUUAAUCUAAGCGUGCUCUUGGUUAGGUGAGCCAACCAUUGAAGGGAAGUUGGGUUCCAUCUCUACUGUCUGUGUGGGUAAGUUUGAUCAGUCAGAUUGAGCUCAGGAGGCUACUAAAGAACUCUGGAAAACAUUUCUGUCUUUUUGAGAAUUAUGUCUCUAAAAACUCUAACGAGGCUUGUGCAUUUCUGUCAGGAGAAAGCUGACCCUUCCAAGUGUUGUUGCCAGUAGACACUCUGAACAGGUGGUGCUAAGGCUGCUAGGAAUUUUUACUGAACAGAAUCUCCAGAGAAAAUACAAAGCAGCAAAUGCUUGGUCUGUCAAGAUGCCUCAUUGCAAUAAAAGAUCAAUAAGAAGCUACAGUAUGGAAACUUUACUUGUCCAGAAGGGUUUGGUCUGCAAGGUUCAAGAAGUACCUGCAUUUAAUGCCAAUAUGGAAAUGAAGAAUUGCAAGUAUUGUAUAGAGGCGUCCGCGUGGCACGGUGCGGGGCUGCCGCCGGCGGCGGAGGAGCGGGGCGCGCUGCUGAGGGCCGCCAGGCUGCGGGCGGCGGUGGAGCGGGAGCGGCGGCUGGAGGAGGCCGUGCGGACGGGAGAGGAGCGGAGGCGGCAGAGGGAGCGGCGGCGGCUGCAGGAGGAGCGGCUGGCGGCGGAGCUGGCGCGGCUGAAGCACGAGAAGCUGAGCGAUGAGAAGAUGAGGCAGCAAGUGCGGGAGAACAGUCUCGAACUUCGAGAACUCGAGAAGAAACUAAAAUCUGCAUAUCUGAACAAAGAGCGAGCGGCGCAGAUCGCUGAGAAGGAAGCCAUAGAGUUUGAGAAAAUGAAACGUGAGGCUGAAAUAGCCCAAAAGAUGAAAGAAGAGUAUGAAAGGGCAGCAAAAGAAGAAAGUUUGGCAGAACUGAGGCGAAAUGAGGAGAAAAUAACUUAUCAGCAAGAGCUGGAGAAGCAGCUUGAGGAACAGGAGCGGAAGAAGCAGGGAGUUUAUGACGAGUUUCUGAAAGAGAAACUCAUGAUUGAUGAAAUCAUAAGGAAGAUCUAUGAGGAAGAUCAAAAGGAAAAACAGCUUAAGUUAGAGAAGAUGAGAGCAACUCAGACAUAUAUUGAAGCUUUUAAAAAAGAACAGGCUGUGUGGAGGCAGAGGAAACGGGAAGAGAUGGAAGAAGAAAACAGGAAAAUUGUGGAGUUUGCCAACAGUCAGCGGCAAAGAGAAGAAGAUUGGACGGCCAAAGUUAGAGACAUGGAGGAGAAAAAACAACAACUUCAGGCCAUGAUUGCCCAGAAUCUAGAAAGAGAGCAACAGAAGCGUGACGAAGUGGAACGAAUACGGCAGGAGCUGUAUCUGGAAGAACAACUUGAGACUGAUAGAAAGAAGGAGAUGGCAGAAAUCGAGACGAGAAUCAGGCAGCGCCUGGAUUUAAGGCAAAUGUACGAAGAGCAGUUAGCUUUGAAGAAGGUAGCGCAGCGAGCCGUGCAAGAGGAGGAAGAAGCCUUCAGACAGCAGAUGCAGGCCAAGUUUGCAGAGGAUGAUCGUAUUGAACAGAUGAAUGCUCAGAAACGAAGAAUGAAACAGCUUGAACACAGAAAGGCUGUGGAAAAACUUAUUGAAGACCGUCACAAACAAUUCAUUGCAGAUAAAGAGCAUGAACUUGAAGAAUGGCAGUUAGAGGAGAAAAGACAAGCAAACAUUCGUGCAGUUGUUGAAGAAGAGAGACAGAAACUCCUGAAAGAACAUGCAUCUAAAUUACUGGGUUAUCUUCCUAGAGGAAUACUCAAAGGAGAAGAUGAUAUUAACAUGCUUGGUGAGGAGUUUAGGUUGGCUUAUCAGAAGAGAAGAGAUAAUCCAUCUUCUGAAGAGAGCUGAAAUUUCCACUGCCUGCCCUCCUGCU